GAGGCAGCUUGUGUGAGAUCAGGAUCAAACACGCUGAAACUAAACGUCUCCGCACCACCAGCAACAACAAACCCCCCCAGCAACUUCUGCAAAGGUGACGUUUCUGAGCAGCGAGUCUCCGAGAAACAGAACAGCGUGAUAACGACCAUGAAGAUCAUAUGAAACAGGAAGGAUGGCGCAUGUAUGUGUACGUGUGACAUUGACUUUGUGGUCUGCUUGUGGGUCGAUGUAUAAAUUCUCGCACACAGCGGUGACAAACUUCAGUUCCUCCUCUGCUGAGUGUCAGUCUGCUGCAGGGACACCACACUGCUGGACGUCCGCGCUGCUGCGGCCCCCUCUAGGUCGACUGUAGCCAUGAGUCGGCGGCGGAUUUCGGUCAAAGAUCUGGGGGUGGUGGACUGUCAGGGCUGGCUUUUCCGCAGGAAGGUGGGCCGCAGCUUCCUGGGUAGCAAAUGGAAGAGAUACUGGUUUGUCUUGACGAAGAGUUCUCUGUACUGGUACACCGACCAAAUGGCUGAGAAAGCGGAAGGAUUCAUCAACCUGUCCGGCUUCACCAUUGAACAGGCCAAACAGUGCAGGAAGAAACAUGCCAUAACGGCCAGUCAUCCACUGGUUGUGACCAUUUUCAUUGCUGCAGAGAGCUUCACAGACAUGAAUAAGUGGAUCAGUAAACUGUCAGAAGCGGCCAAGCCCUGUGAACUGAUCAACACUGACGAGUGCUACAGUGAAGGCAGCGAUCAGGACGGUGAUGAGUGUGCGUUGACUUCCUGUACUCUGGACCCUGAACAGGAAACAGCAGAAUCUGACAACGGAGACCAUCUUAAGCCUCUCUGUGAGUCUUCAUCCUGCACCUCAAUCCCGGUCACGACACUGACCAGUGAAAGCAGACGCAGAAGCAGCUCGGAGGGCAGGACUUUAAAUAGAAACAGAAGAAGAAGACCACUCUCGGAGGGCAGUGAAUGCCUGUCCUGGCUGGACCUCCCCGGGCCAGAUGAAGCGGGGACAGAAGUGUCCCUCCCUCUGCUCUGUGUCAGAGAAGAAAGAGAAGAGGAGGUCGUCCACGAGGAGCCACAUGAUGAGAUGGAGAGCCUCUACAACCACCUGAAGGCAGCCAGCUUGUCUCCGACUGGACAGUCCAGGCAGAGGGACUUCAGGGCGUCGUUUAUCAGACGAUGUCAGAAUGACAAAGUCAACGAAAAGCUUCACCUGCUCAGGAUCCUCAGCAGCACGUUAAAGGCCAAAGAGUCGGAGCUGCGGGCGGUGGAGCAGAUCCUGACCGACCUGAACCUCACGGCGCCCACAUACAGGACGUGGAGACAAUCCAACUUGACUUUGCUGCAGGAGAUCAGUCAACGCAGCCAGGUGGCAGGGGGCGCUGCAGAGCUGAGGCCUCCUGAGCAGCCGAGUGCUUCCUGAGCUGGGACUCGGACCACAUUCAUGCCAAGGAGGAUAAAUCUGUUUUUACAUUAAGUGUUUUCAGAUUUUCCUUCCACACUGAAACACCAGAAUGGCUAAAUUCUUCGGCCAUGACGUGGUAACAUGUGUGGCAGAGAGCAGGUUACUGUGUUGGACCUCACUGGGUGAACAGAGACAAAGCCACGGUGCACUAAACAUGUUCUAGGUGACUGUUUAGAUUUUAAGUGCUUUAAUGUGAUUUCUAUCCAGAUGGCAGUGUACAGUACAUUAACUCAUGUACUGUACUUAAGCACAAUUUUGAGGUACUUGUACUUUACUUGAGUAUUUCUAUUGUAUGCUACUUUCUACUUCUACCCCACUGUAUUUAUUUGGUAACUUUAGUUACUUUGCACAUUUAGAUUUUUAAUGUAAUCAACUAAAACUUAAAUAUGUUAUUGUAGGCUAAACUACCCAGCAGUAUAUAAAGUAGUUAAAAUUAGCUCCACAUUUACCAGCUACAACACGCAAAUAAUAUAUAUGAUUCUGAAAUGGGCCAUUCUGCACUUUUACUUUUGGUACUUUAAGUAUAUUUUGAUGCUAAUACUUAGAGUUUGAAUGCAGGAUAUUUCUACACGGUAUUAUUGCUACUUUUACCCCCACUGCCAGAUGAUUGAUCGAUUUAAAGUUCCAGUCUGUCGCCUCAUAUGCUCCAUGAUCAUUAUUGUUUUUAAAAGAUCCUAACACACAAUUUGUUUCUUUAAAUUGACAUUUUUGUUUUUUAUUGUCAGACAUCUUGUUUCAAGUAUGAAAUGAUUUGAUUGCAGCUUGUUAAUGCUACUUUUUAACCAGUUAAUUGUGAUUCUUAAUCUGCCAACAGAAACAGCAGAAGGUUAAAACUUUUUAAUAGGAAAUAAAAGGUUUUUGGAUGUCUAGGUAAUAUCCAUUGGUUGCUAUAGUCAGUUUGUUGUUAGUAUGUAACCUAGACAUAAACUUUUCAAUCAAAUUUUGUCCAGUUUUAACCUAAAUGUCUACAGGUCUUUUAAUCUGCAGAUUAAACAGCAUCCAACCGUAUCUGCAUACUUCGUCGCUUGUGUUUCAUCGUCCACACUACAACUCCCAGUGGUGGAAGAAGUAUUCAGAUCCUUAGUAAGUGAAAGUACUAAUACCACACUGUGAAAAUACUCCACUGCAAGUAAAAGUCCUGCAUUCAAAACUUUACUGAAGUAAAAGUCCUCUUU